AUGUGGUUGAUUCGCGAGUGUAAGUUAGAAACUGCAGAAGCGUUCAACAGAUGGUCAAGAGAUAUUUCUAUAGAUUUCACUUUCCUUGCGAUUUCUGGUUCUUCCGAAUUAUCUUUAGACUCCUCUAACGAACGAUUAAAUGAAUCAAAAAUUUGGACAAAAAACUUUUGGUUGCAUUUAGAAUUAGUAUCAACAUCAGGUGGAUCACAAUCAUUUAUUUCAACAACAUUAGUAGAAGCAUUUGCUGGAUCUACAACUUUUGAUUUAUCACCAAAUUUACAACAAAGAGAUCAAAUCACAACUAAAAAAAUCAAAGAAAGAGCGGCUUCGUCAGCUGAGCCACAGGAUGAGAAGGAGUUGCCGCACUCAAUAACACGAUCUGAAGUUUACAAGGGUGUGAGCUUUGGACAAGAUACACACUCACAAUAG